UAAUAUGGUUGGCACAAUGUCACUCUUAUAUAUGUAGCCUCACCAUACCAUACGUAUCAAAUCUCAUUUAUUCAUCCAAAAUCCUCACUAUCUUAUGGUAGUAGAUCCAUUUCAUCAUUUCUCAAUUUCAGUUGAAUUGUGUCAAAAUUAAGGGCCAUGAAGAGUGCUACACAAAAUAAGCAAUACCAAGAAGAACAAGCUUUGAUGAUUCCACCAAAAAAAGGAAGACACAGAUGUGUAACUUGCAUAUGCAUACUGUUAUUUCUAUUAUUAGUUUUAGUAACAGUUUGUGUUGUUCUUGCCUUAACACUUUUCAAGCCAAAAGAACCAAUAACAAAGAUUUCUUCAGCUACUUUACAAGGUAUAUCACCUCGUGUAACACUUCCUGUUCUUAACAUACAAAUCAAUGUUACUCUUGAUAUCAAGAUUCAAGUCGAGAAUCGAAACCGUGCGAGUUUCAAACAUGCAGAUGGAAUUAGUCUUUUGAUGUAUAAAGGUGUUGAAGUUGGAGAGACAGAUAUUUAUCCUGGUUUGAUUCCUGCAAGAAGUUCUAGUAUUCUUCCUUGUAGACUUAAUCUUCAAGCUGAUAAGUUAGCAUCCAAUAUGACAGGUUUUAUAGGUGAUUUGAUGGGUGGUGAGCUCUCUUUGGCAACAGUUACUAGGAUUCCUGGUAGAGUUACUUUUCUUGGAUUCAUUAAGAAACACAUUGUUGCUAAGUCUAAUUGUCAAUUUGUUUUUGGUGUUCCUGAUAUGGAGAUCAAAAGCCAAAUUUGCAAGAAUACGGCAAAGUUAUGAAUGGAUUUGGAUUGUAUACGGUAUGAUUGCACGCAGUCAACCACAUAUGAUCCGAAUUUCAAUGAAGAUUUUAAUUUUUGAAAAAUAAAUACUGAGUUUAAAGUCUGGACCGUAGAUUGUACGAUUUUAAUCGAACAAUUUAGAGGUGGCUAGGGGAAGUAGAUUUAUAGGUUAUAUGGUCAUUUCAUACUUCAGUGAUAUAAAUAAUAGUGUUUACAUGUAUUUAUAUAUUUGUAUGCUUUUGUAUAUUAGAAGUUGGUUGUGGUUUUGAAAA